AUGGAAUAUGACCAUCGGGUCCCAUCGAUAAGCAUCGCCCACAUGAGCUCGUCUUCUCUCACUUGCAUACUCGUCAGCACCAACUGCUCCCACACGCAUCGAGCUCCGGCGAGCGGGGAGGAAGCUGCUUCGUCAACGUUGAGUCCCUCCAGCAGCUUUCACAUCGAUUGA